AGGAUCCAUUCAUCGCAUAGAUACGCCAUUCUUCUUGCUCCUUCUUCGGCAAUGUCUUCAUCCUUCACGAGUCUCCACAUAACGGCCUUAGAUGCGAUCGUGAACGUGAACUCGCUCUUCACACUAGCAGUGUUCGUCGGGUUGUCCUGGAACCCCAACGACCCGGAUAACAACCUCAAUAAGGAUCCUGCCUGCGCACCCACCGCCAACAUCGCCGAGAAUGUCGUCGCUUUCCAUGUCUACUCCUUCAGCUCCUUCCUCUUCUCCAGCCUCGUCGCCCUUGCCCUCAAGCAGGUCAUUCGCCUCUCCCGCACCACCACCACCACCGCCACCUCCUCCUACCACUACCCCGCCGCCGCCGUCGAAUUCCUCGCCCACAUCAACCGCACCACCCUCCGCGUCGGUAUGCUCGUCUCCGGCGUCGGCUCCGUUAGCGGCUGCGGCUUCCUCAUGCUCGCUCUCGUCAACGUCGUUCAGAUCAAGCUUGGAACCCUCGCUUGUGGAAGCUCUGAUAGUUUCGCUGCCGUCGUUCCGCUCUUGAUCUUGGUCCCCAUCGCGCUUCUCAUAUACGUAGCCGUAGUUUUGUACGCUUUCACUCGCUAGGUUUCGUGUACUUUCAGGCAAUAACUAUGUAUAAUAUAUUUCGGGUGAAACUAUGUUCAACGAGAGUGUUCUGUUUUGAGGUUAAAUUAGAUUGCUUUGUGAUGUGACUAAUUUGUGUAUGCUUAUUGCAACUGCGAAAUUUGCGAGGUUUAUUUUGUAGUUCAUGACCUAAUUAGUUGUUAAUUCAGAUAUUUCGGUAUCACUUCUGAAUUACUGAAGAGAAAGAAAGUUCCAAGUGAUAAGGGUGAGCGAGGUUGCUUACAGUUAUGGAAGAAACUGUGUGUAUCAAGGGGAGCACAACAGUAGUGGAAACUUUCAUAUUUACUUGUUGCUAAAGGUUGAAGAGUAAUGCCAAUUGCCAGGAGUCCGUGUACAUGCCAACAUUAGUGGCCUGAUUUUUAUCUUAUGGAGAAUUUGAAUUGUAACAAAAUAUCCUUGAGUUUGUGUUGCAUCAAUGUUGUAUAUGAUUAAUAAAGUUUAGCUUUAGGUACAUUGGAUAAGCUUCGUCAUAUCCACUGAUAAAGAAAAAGGGACAAAUCUUCAAACUCAGAGAUCGGACCUCAAUGGCAAAACGUGGAAGAAUACUAUUAAGACAUUUUAUUUGGGAUGAGAUCCUAAUCAGUAAUCACCCUAGUUAAACUCAGAUUUUUUGACUCUGUCCUUUCAAAAAAAGAAGCUAUGUAGUUAUAUCAAAAAAGAAGAUGAAGCUACAUAUGGUUUAGCUGCUGUAGUCCGAAUUGCUCAUAACUUACA